UGAGUUUUAGUAUUAAACUUUUAAAAGAAAAAGAGUAUUCAAGAAAAAUCGUGGACUUCAAAGAAAUCAAACACUACAUGAGAAUCUAUAAAAUGGAGAGAUAACUACACUCAAAUGCAAAAAACCAUCUUCAACCUUAAACCAUUUGUUUUAGUAGGUUUGAUUCUCAUAACUAUCUCCACUUACAAUGAUCUUAUUAUGGCUUACUUUGCUACUACCCUUUUGCCUCAUAAAUCUAAGCAUCAAUAUUGUUUUGGUGACUGGACUUUGUUUUGGUGACCAACAAUCUUUGUUGCUUCAGUUGAAAACCAACCUCAUAUUCAACCACACCAUGUCCCAAAAACUUGUUCAUUGGAACCAAAGUGAUGAUUGUUGUGAAUGGAAUGGUGUAGCAUGCAACAACAGAGGACAUGUUACAGCUCUUGACUUGAGCAAUGAAUUUAUCACUGGAAAAGUUGAAACUAGUCUCUUCAACUUGAAGUAUCUAGAGAGUUUGAAUUUGGCCUAUAAUCAGUUCAAUUCUAACAUUCAUUCUGAGUUUCAAAAGCUAAACAAUUUGAGGUACUUGAAUUUAUCAAAUACAAAUUUUACAGGACCUAUUAUAGAGUCUAUUAAUAAUUUGACACAAUUGUCAACAUUAGACUUAUCAUACUGCAACUUCAAUGGAAAGCUUCCUAAUUCAAUUUCUGAUCUUACAAAACUUGUCUAUCUAGACUUGUCUUACAACAACUUCACUGGUCCUAUUCCAUCAUUUAAUAGGUCCAAGUCCCUCAAUGUUUUAUCCCUCAAUCAUAAUAAUUUCAAGGGUCUAGUUCCAUCUGGCAAUUUUGAGGGACUAAUAAAUCUCAUGAAAAUUGAUUUAGGAGAUAAUUCACUUGAAGGAAAAGCCCCCUCAUCAUUGUUUAGACUUCAAUCACUUCAAAUACUCAUGCUUUAUUACAACAAAUUCAAUGGUACUUUGGAGGAAAUUCCAAAUGCUUCUUUGUCACAAUUAGAGAUGAUUGAUGUAAGUGGAAACAAUUGUGAAGGGCCUAUUCCUAUGUCAAUCUUCAAACUCAAAAGACUACGUUUGCUUCAACUAUCCAAAAACAAGUUCAAUGGCACUAUAAAACUUGAUGUAGUAGGAAGGCUUCAAAAUUUGAGCACACUUGAUCUUGCACAUAACAAUUUUUUGGUUGAUGCAAAUAUUAGGAAUGGUCGCGAAGCAUCAUCUUUUCCAAAUUUGAAACGAAUCUGGUUGUCCUCAUGCAAUUUGACAGAAUUUCCUGACUUUUUGAGACAUAAAUCUAUGCUUCAAUUUCUAGACUUAUCCAACAACAAAAUUUCAGGACCAAUACCAAAAUGGAUUUGGAGUUUUGAGUAUAUGGUAAUCCUAAAUGUUUCCAACAAUUUCAUCACAUGUUUUGAAGGGUCACCUCAAAAUCUUAGUUCAGAUUUGUUGAAACUUGACCUUCAUUCAAAUCAAAUAAAAGGGCAUGCACCAACUUCUUUUAAAAAUGCCAUCUAUUUGGACUAUUCAAGUAAUAGAUUCACCUCUAUUAACUUAACAGAAAUAGGUGGCCACAUGCCUUUUUUAUAUUUUCUCUCUCUUUCAAACAACAAUUUCAAUGGAACAAUCCAUGAAUCAUUUUGCAACAUUUCAGGUCUUAGAGCACUUGAUCUUUCACAUAAUAGUUUCAAUGGAUCAAUUCCUAUUUGUUUGACUAGAAAGAGUAGCACUUUUGGGCUAUUAAAUCUUGGUGGAAACAAACUCAAUGGCUAUAUUUCAGAUACAUUCCCAACAUCAUGUAGUCUAAGGUUUCUAGAUCUCAGUGGAAAUCAAUUGAAGGGAACCAUUCCAAAGUCUUUAGCUAAUUGCAAACACAUGCAAGUUCUUAACUUGGGAAACAAUCAAUUAAUUGAUAGAUUUCCUUGCUUCUUGAACAACGUUUCCUCCAUUAGAGUCAUGAUUUUAAGGACAAACAAAUUGCAUGGAAAUAUUGGAUGUUCAAAUAACAUUGCCCCUUGGGAGAAUCUUCAAAUUGUUGACAUAUCAGCCAAUAAUUUCAGCGGUAAUUUACCUGCAACAUUGUUACAAAGUUGGAAAGCAUUGAUGCUUGAUGAAGAUAAUGGUGGAAGGUUUGGCCAUUUAUAUUUUAACCUCUAUGAUGACUUCAAUCCAUUGAAUUUCCUUCAUGCAAUAGUAGAUCUUGGUAGUGAGCUACAAAUGAAAUUAACAAAACUUAAUGCUGAUGAACCAAUUUAUUUGAUAGACCAUAUAAUCACUCAUUUAUUUGAGGAAGGUGUUGGUAUUAGAAGUUAUGAGGAUUCAGUUACAAUUGUCAACAAAGGUCAACAGUAUAAUUUGGUUAAAAUCCUCAUAGCUUUUACUUCAUUGGAUUUCUCAUCUAACCACUUUGAAGGGCCAAUACCAAAAGAGCUUAUGAGUCUCAUAGCACUUCAUGCUCUUAACUUGUCACAAAAUGCUUUCUCAGGUAGCAUACCUUCUUCUUUAGGGAACCUAAAACAUCUUGAGUCAUUGGACUUGUCUAUCAACUCCUUAAGUGGAGAGAUUCCAACAGAGCUUUCAAUGUUAUCAUUUAUAUCAGUCAUCAACAUGUCUUAUAAUCACCUGGUGGGAAAAAUACCAACUGGAACUCAAAUUCAAUCUUUUCAAGCUGAUUCAUUUAUAGGAAAUGAAGGGUUGUGUGGACCUCCACUUACACAAAAUUGUAGUAGUGGUAAAGGAGAUAAACAAGAAUCUAAAACAACUUAUUCUGAUGAUACAAGUUCAAUUGAUUGGAAUUUCUUAAGUGUGGAGUUAGGAGCCACUUUUGGGUUUGGAGUUUUCAUCUUUCCACUCAUUUUUUGGAAGAGAUGGAGGAUGUGGUAUUCCAAGAAAGUUGAUGAAAUGCUUUACAGGAUUGUUCCACAGCUCAGUUUUGUGUAUGAACAUCGCAGAGGACAAAAGUAUAGAGUUUUAAGGAGGAAGAGGAACUAAUGAUAGUACUAGUUUGUGUAAUCUUGCAGUUUGCAUUUUUCUUUUUCUUCUUUUAAUUAAAAGCUUUGUUCAUAUUAGCAUAAUACAGAACCUAAACUUAGAAGUUCUUGUACAGUUUAUAUUUAACAUGUUUGAUUUUGGUUGAUCUAUUCAUGUAAUUCAUGCAUUUGCAAGUUGUGUUGGUAGCUUGUGUGAGUUAUGCUUAUCAUAGGUAAUUAUUAGCUGGUAAGUUCUUCCAAGCACCUCUCAACAUGUUUUAUAGCAGGGAAGCCUUUCAUUCAGUUGCACACAAAGAAACAAAUAAUAAAAACAUUUACUUAUAGCGUCU